GUAGUGUAGUAGUAGUGAUCCUUGCAUGGCUUGGGCAAAAAGUUGGGGGACCUCUCACUGGAAGAAUCUGAUCGAUACGACGGUAAUGAUAAUGAUGUAGAGUCAUGACGACUGGACAGGUCCAAAUGAUCCGAAACGCCGAUCGCUGAGAGAAUGCUAGCCGGCUACACAGAAGAAGGUACGCCACAGGUGCAAGAGGAUAGGUGUGUGGAGAUUAGUUUCCAAUGCCCAAACAACCGGUACCGGUACAUGCAGAUUGGCCGAUCGAGUUCAUAACUACAUUCUCUUCACGGCCCAGCUGCUGCCGCCACGCCCGCUGUCAUGGACGGAGAAGCUUGGGGUGACGAUGCAGGCUUAUCCGGCCAAAUACAAAAUGGAAGUGACGAGAGGGAGCGGUGUUUGCCUGGUGGGCACGGUCACCAGAUGUCAAUGGUGUCCAGUCAUGGGACGACAGCUGAUCGGGUGCAGCACUCUCAUCAGCACUGUCACACACCGUUCAGGAUAGUGGGAGCGAACGGCGAGCGACUUGCCGAGCGCCUGCUGCCGUUGUCCCACCGGCUAUACUACAUCAGGGACUUCUUCAUCACGCUGGUCGUGUGCAAGUGGCGGUACACAUUGCUUGCCCUGGCAGGCCUGUACUGUGCCAGUUGGAUACUGUUUGCAGGUCUGUGGUAUGCGCUUAACACGCACGACGAGUCCUGCUUCCAUCUAUCCAACUCCACCUACUCCGAUAGCUUCAACACAAUGUUCAUCUUCUCCAUCGCCGUGCAGACAACGAUAGGCUUUGGCAAUGACUUCAUUCAGGACAGCUGCCAGCUGGGCUCAUUUCUCCUGGCAGUUCAGUGCGUUAUUGGACUGAUGCUCGACGGCUUGCUGCUCGGCCUCAUCCUGACCAAGGCGUCGCGUGCAAAGUCGCGCGCACGCACCGUGCUGUUCAGCACGCACGGCGGAAUAUGCCGACGCGACGGGCAGCUGUGCCUGCUGUGGCGUGUCGCCGACCUGCGCACGCGCAGCAUGUGCGAGGCUCACCUGCGCGCCUACUGCUACCGCUCACAGACCACCCUGGAAGGCGAGCAGCUAGACUGGGAGUGCCGCGAGCUGGACCUUGGCUACGACACCGGCCGCGAUCGUAUACUCCUGCUGCUGCCGGUGACUGUUUGCCAUUUCAUCAACGACGCAAGUCCACUGCGACACUUGACCGAAGAGGAGCUGAGCAGGUCGCGCUUCGAGAUCGUCCUGCUACUGGAGGGCGUGAUCGAGGCAACCGGCCUAACCGCACAGGCCAUGCAUUCCUACACCAACCGGGACAUUCUCUGGGGUUAUCGCUUCAAACCAAUGGUGAGCACAACAACGUCUGGCAGAAUUGCAGUGGAUUAUUCCGAACUGAACGCAAUGCAAAAAGUUGACAUUGAACUUCCCGGGAUGUGAGUUUGGUCAUUUAUCAUUAUCAUUGAAAACACAGUAAAACAGUUAUCCUCAGCAGCUUGACAUAACAGAAUUUCAGCUUUAUGUACAGCAUUAUAAAAAAAACAGCGUAACACUUGAACUAAUUUUAUGUAAAAACAAAACUUUUUUGGUAAAUUUCAAAGACAUGAACGUAUUUUUCUAUCGUAUACUGGUGAAACAUCAUACAAUGAUGCACUUCUAUUUUCUGUAGUA